AUGACUCGCCCCCUCUUCCUCCCCCUCCUCCUCCUCUUGAGGCACCAGAAACUGGACCCUUCGGCUGUUCAUGGAAUAACGAAGUUCUCUGAUCUCACGCCGGCGGAGUUCCGUCGGAAGUAUCUUGGAGUCAGGCAGAACCGUCGCUUACUAGGGAGUAUACAUGAGGCUCCGAUUUUACCGACGAAUGAUCUCCCUACUGAUUUUGACUGGAGGGAUCAAGGUGCCGUCACUGGCGUGAAGGAUCAGGGGUCUUGUGGCUCUUGCUGGUCGUUUAGUGCGGCAGCAGCUGUGGAAGGGGCGAAUUUUCUGGCAACUGGAAAAUUAAUUAGCCUUAGCGAGCAGCAAAUGGUUGACUGCGAUCAUAUGUGUGAUGAGUCAGAACCAGAUUCAUGUGAUUCAGGAUGCAAUGGUGGGUUGAUGACCACUGCCUUUGAGUAUUUGCUAAAGUCUGGUGGACUUGAGACUGAGAAAGACUACCCAUAUUCUGGAAAUGAUCGUGGAGGCUGCAAAUUUAACAAUGCCAAAAUUACAGCUUCUAUUUCUAAUUACAGUGUUGUGUCUGUUGAUGAAGAUCAAAUUGCAGCAAAUCUUGUUAGCCAUGGCCCUCUUGCAGUGGGCAUCAACGCCGUCUUCAUGCAAACAUACAUCCACGGCAUUUCGUGCCCCUACAUAUGCGGUAAGAAUCAAAAUCACGGUGUUCUUCUUGUGGGCUAUGGAUCUGCCGGCUACGCUCCAAUCCGCUUCAAGGAAAAACCAUAUUGGAUCAUAAAGAACUCUUGGGGUGAGAACUGGGGCGAUCAUGGCUACUAUAAAAUCUGCAAAGGUCGCAACCUUUGUGGUGUGGAAUCCAUGGUUUCAACUGUCACUGCCAUCAGCACUGCUCAUUAAUCUUAGAUUAUCUUAACACAGAUGUAAAAUCUCGUAUCUUCUUCUCUGUAUAACAAAUUAAUGAUUAUAGCUUUGAUUGUUAUCUGUAAAUUACUGGAUAUGAAAAGUGCACUUUGGCUGUGCUGCUGCAGCAACUUUAUAUUGUUGUUAAUCUAUAUAUGGAUGCUUGAAAUCGGUUUCUAUCCAGGCUAUAUGUUGCGCUUAUGGCUGAAUAGCAUGAUAUUGGAUUUUAGAUUUU